UGGGCCGACCACUUAGCCUCAUCACCUUCUCUAUACUCCUUCCCUUAUGCUUGAUAUUUCACCUAAGGAGGAAGAAGUAGAUCCUCCUCCCUUGAAAGAGAAGAGUCAGAGUUCAAAGCCUGAGUUCUCAGAGCAAGAAGUGGAUCUCAUUUCCAGGAUGUAUAAGCUGGUUGGAGAGAAAUGGUCUCUGAUUGCUGGUAGAAUUCCAGGAAGAACAGCUGAGGAGAUUGAGAAGUACUGGAAGCUGAAAGAACAUCGUAACAGUAGUCGUAGCUGAGGAGAUAAUUAGGAUAAAAUGAUUAGACAAUAACAUCUAAUAUGUCAUUUAUGACGUAUGUGAAAACUGAGUACUGUUACAUCAAUGAUUUAGAAAUUCCUAAGUGUAUUGAAUGCUGUGUUUGAAGGAAGCUCAUCUUCAUCUGUUAUUGGUAGGAAGUUUUUGCUAUCAACCACAAUUUUGAUCAUUCAAUAUGUCAAUAACAGCAACACUACCGUGGGUACAUGAA